AUGAGCGGAAAACGGAAACUAUAUGUGCGGACUAGUUCCGAGCCCACAUCGCCGCAACAGAGUCAUGUGGGAGUUUUCGGGGAGACGGUACCGCUGGAAGCAUUGCGCCGGCGGGUCAUCACGCCGUCGCGGCAGCAGUCGAUGGUAGAACGUCACGUGCCAGCCGUUAGCAGGGCGCGGGACACCGGGCUCGAGUACACGGACGGGGCGCAUGCCAGCAGCAUCAAGCUGCUGCUGAUUGGGAACGCGGGCGUGGGCAAGACGGCAAUGAUUCUGAGCUACUCCAACGAAUUGCCCACGAAAUCGCAGCUGUGGCAGCAGUCGCCGCAGCUCGCGGCGCCGAACAUAGACCAGCGCACGAAGAAGCGGCUGAAGACGGUGGACGCGCGCAAGCGGUACUCCCUGAACGACUACGAGGAGCUGUUUGCGCGGGACGCGAGAAGUAUCGAGGACGCGGGGCGGGAAGACGGGGACGAGGUGGUGAUCGAGACAAAAAGCACGAUUGGCGUAGACAUCAAGACCAGUUUCGUGGACAUUGACCGCCAGCUGUUUAAGGUGAUCAUGUGGGACACAGCGGGACAGGAGCGGUACCGCAACGCCAUGGUACCGUCGUUGUACAAGGGCACGCAGGGCAUCAUCCUCAGCUACGACAUAUGCAGCCGGGAAACCUUUCGUGACUGCCUGGAGCACUGGUUGCCGGAGGCGCUUGAGCAUUGCCAAGUCGAGCACACGCGGUUCUACCUUGUCGGGAACAAGGUUGAUCUAUACAAGCAGCGGCAGGUGACACAUGCAGAUGUGCUUGCGUUUGCAGACGAGGCGAAGCGCCGGUACGGCUUCGAAAUAUCGGGGAAGUUCGAGCUGAGCUGCAAGUGGCAGCAUGUGGUGGAACGUGCGUUCAGCUUGAUAAUCAAGGACCUCGUGGAACACGGGUGCUACGAGGACAAUUUUCUCGAUACAUGCACGGACAAUAAUGACGAAGAUGAUGACAAUUACGGUGCAACUAUGCGCGAUAAUGAAGAGCAUGAUGACGACGAGGCAGAUACAUGUGUGUGCGACGCUGCCACAAACCUACCUGGCAUGCAGGCGAGGAAGCUGACCUCGGCACAAGGCAGACGUUCUCCAGAGAGCAACAGUAGAAAUACGAAUAUAGACAUUACAAAACCCAUCCACAAAGACGGCAGUCCGGGUGCAGCCAAAAGUUCAUGCUGUAGUUAG